GCAUGCAAAGUUCAUCCCUCAAGAGUUACGUAACACAUGUUUUUUGAGGACAGCCUGUGGGAGGGGAAAACUCUGCAGCCUUAAAGUGGGGAACAAUUCACUCUCUGUUCUCCUUUCCUGCACACUCAAGGAAUCAGUCAUGGCUACAGAAGCAAAGCAGACUUGUUAUGAAGGAAGCUGCGUCCAAAGCUUUCAGUUCUACCUAGAACACUCUGGAGAGCACGAGGCUAUCAUGCAGUGUGUUCACAAUGUCCUGCCUGGAGAAUUUCAAAGAAUUGGAGCAGGCAAAAGCAGUCUGGAUGUUCUAGGUGUUGGAAGCGGUGGAGGUGAGAUGGACUCCCAGAUGCUGACUCUGCUGCAGUCCACAUUCCCUGCUGUCCCGAUCUCUGCUGACAUUGUGGAGGGCAGCUCCAAACUUACUGACAACUUCAAAGCGUCGGUAGCAAAGAUCGCUAACCUUCAGAAGAUCCCCUUUGGUUGGCAUAUCAUGCACAGUGAGGACUAUGAGAAGCAAGUCAAAGCUAAAGGAGACGUGAAGAAAUUUGACUUCAUACACAUGAUUCAGAUGAUCUACUAUGUUGAUAACCUCGCCGGCACCAUAAAGUUCUUCCAAAGCCUGCUGAAGAACAAUGGCAGGCUUAUGAUCAUCAUUGAAGCAGCUAACAGUGGCUGGGACACCCUGUGGAAGACCUACAAGAAGGAUCUCUGUGUCGACGUCAUCACAGAGUAUCGCUCUUCCGGAGAGCUUAUUGCCUGCUUGAAAAGCCUUGGUCUGAAAUACGAUGAACACACCAUUCCCAACUCCUUCGACAUCGCUGAGUGCUUCACUCCGAGCAGCCAGCUUGGACAACGUCUGCUGAAUUUCUUGACAGCCAAAGAUCACUUCGAGCAGUCCUUCACCCCAGAGAUCAGAGCAGGCAUGUUGGACCUUCUCAGGAACAAGUGCAGCACUGAAAAAGAUGGCAAAGUGUUGUUCAACAGUACUCUUAAAUGCAUUCUUGUUCAUGCUUGAGUAUGUCAUAUGGAACAAAAUACAAUCAAAUUAACAUUUUUGCAUUGACUUUACCCUGCCAUUUGAUUAAAUAAACUGGGAUUUGCCUAACAUUAAGUUUACCAUUUAGAGUAGUUUUCAAUCUCUUUAGCUUAUAUUUACCAAACUGACUCUGUAUGUGCACCAAUGUCAUCAAUAAAAACAUUACACUAAGUA